AUGGAUGUGACAAACUUGAAGAGUUACAAAGAACUGGAACACUUGAGUGAGCAAGAGAAAAAGGUAAACUUAAAGGAUUACUUGAAGGAUAAGGAUAGAUCAGAGUUGCUUAUAAAAAAAUUUAAGAAUUUUUACAUUGACCUGUCUCGUCAGAGGUAUAGCUCCAAAACAUUAAACAAGUUAAUUGAAUAUGCGGAUGAAAUAAAGUUGAAGGAAAAAAUAGAGAAAACAUUUAAAGGGGAAAUAAUGAAUAUAACAGAAAAUCGAAGUGUUUUACAUACUGCAUUGAGAAUACCAAUUGAAAAGAUAAAUACACAUAAAAUUAUUUUGGAUGAAAAAAAUAUAUUAGAAAAUGUACAUAAUGUUUUAAAAAAGAUUGAAGCAUAUUCUGACAAUAUUCGAAACGGAAAUAUAAAAACGUGUAAAAAUACAAAAUUUAAAAAUUUAAUAUGUAUAGGUAUAGGGGGAUCCUACUUAGGUACCGAAUUUGUAUACGAAGCAAUGAAAUAUUAUUAUUACAACAUGAUGUUAGAAAAAAAAAACAAAAAACAAAACGAAAAAGCAGACGAAUGUUCUGGCAAGAAUGAUGAGACAAAUAAUUUUGACAUAAAUUAUAACUCAGAUGAGAUAAUUAAUAUAAAAUUUUUAGCAAAUGUAGAUCCAAAUGAUAUAAACAGAGCUAUACAUAAUUUAGAUCAGACAGAAACAUUAGUUGUAAUUAUUUCAAAAACAUUUACAACAGCUGAAACCAUGCUAAAUGCAAGAUCUAUCAAAAAAUGGCUGAGUUUAAAAAUUAAAGAUUUUAACGAUUUAAGUAAGCACAUGGUUGCAGUAAGUACAAAUUUAAAAUUAACAGAUGAAUUUGGAAUAUUAAGAGAAAAUGUGUUCGAAUUUUGGGAUUGGGUUGGUGGCAGAUUUUCUGUAACAAGUGCAGUGGGUAUACUUCCACUAUCCAUUGCAUUCGGAUAUAAAAAUAUGAGACAGUUCCUAAAUGGGUGUCAUGAUAUGGAUGAGCAUUUUUUAAAAACAAAAUUUGAAGAUAACAUACCAGUUCUAUCAGCCCUAACAAGCUUUUAUAAUAAUCAAUUUUUCGAUUGUAAAAAUGUAGCCGUAUUACCAUAUUUUCAAAAUUUAUUAAAAUUUGCUGCACAUGUACAACAGCUAGCUAUGGAAAGCAAUGGAAAAAAAGUGGAUAGAUAUAACAAUUUUGUUGAUUAUAAUACAUGUCAGGUAUAUUUCGGAGAACCUGGAACUAAUGGACAACAUAGUUUUUAUCAAUUAAUUCAUCAAGGUCAAAUAAUACCUGUAGAAUUAAUAGGAUUUAAACAUUCCCAUUUCCCACUUCAUCUUUCAAAUGAAAAGGUUAGUAAUCAUGAUGAAUUAAUGACUAACUUUUUUGCACAAGCAGAUGCAUUAGCAAUAGGUAAAACAUUAGAACAAGUGGCAGAAGAAAAUGAAACAAGUAAAAAAAAAAUAUCUCCUGAAUUGUUAAAUCAUAAGGUUUUCAAAGGAAAUAGGCCAUCUACUCUGUUGCUUUUUGAUGAAUUAAAUUUUUACACCUGCGGUUUACUCCUCUCAUUAUAUGAAUGUAGAAUUGUUGCUGAAGGCUAUCUUUUAAAUGUCAACAGCUUCGAUCAGUGGGGUGUCGAAUUGGGGAAAGUUCUGGCUAAGGAAGUUCGUAAUUAUUUCCAUGAUGUUCGAUCGAAGAAGAAACAGACCCAGGAUUACAACUUCAACGAAUCUACCAAGAUAUUACUCAACUAUUAUCUUAGCUAA